CAGUGGAAACCUUGGCAAGCUGCUUGGCCCUCUGCCCAUGCACCCUGCUGCAGAAGAUAACUAUGGCUACGAUGCCUGUGCUGUCCUUUGCCUGCCUUGUGUUCCAAACAUCCUGGUGAUUGCCACCGAGUCGGGAAUGCUUUAUCACUGUGUGGUACUCGAUGGAGAAGAGGAUGAUGAGCAGUCAGAAAAGUCGUGGGACCCAAGAUCUGAUCUUAUUCCUUCCCUGUAUGUGUUUGAAUGUGUUGAGCUGGAACUUGCAUUGAAAGUGGCAUCAGGAGAUGAAGAAGAGCCUUUGGAGUCCGAUUUCUCUUGCCCAAUCAAAUUGCAUCGAGAUCCGAAAUGUCCCUCUCGAUACCACUGCACACACGAAGCUGGUGUCCAUAGCGUCGGGCUGACGUGGAUCAAUAAACUGCACAAAUUCCUUGGCUCAGAUGAAGAAGACAAAGACAGUUUACAAGAGUUGGGAGCAGAACAGAAGUGCUUUGUUGAACACAUUCUUUGUACAAAACCGUUGCCAUGCAGGCAACCUGCUCCAAUUAGAGGAUUUUGGAUCGUUUCUGACAUCCUGGGUGCCACAAUGAUCUGCAUCACGAACACCUAUGAGUGUAUUACAAGGCCUCUCUU